AUGUCACCUGGAAACCAAACGAAGAUCACAGAAUUCAUCCUGCUGGGAUUUGGGGACUUCUAUGAGCUACAUAUUCCUCUUUUCCUGAUGUUUAUAGUGAUUUACAUUGUGACCAUGACUGGAAACAUUCUCAUAGUUGUACUUGUUAUCUUUGAUCAGCAUCUUCACACACCUAUGUAUUUCUUCUUGGGGAACCUCUCUUUCUUGGAGGCUUCCUAUAGCUCCACUAUCUUCCCAAGGCUGCUUCUGGCUCUCCUCACUGGGAACAGAAUAAUUUCUUUCAGCAGCUGCCUCACACAAUGGUAUCUCUGUGGUUGCUUGUUAGCUACAGAAUGCUGUUUACUCUGUGUGAUGUCUUAUGACCGGUAUCUAGCAGUGUGUAAGCCAUUGCAUUAUGCAACAAUAAUGAACCUUCAGACUUGUGUCCAGUUAUCAGCUGUAUCUUGGAUCAAUGGGUUUCUAGGGUUUUUGAUAGUACUCAUUUUGAUGUUACAAUUAACUUUUUGUGGACCCAAUGAAAUGAACCAUUAUUUUUGUGACUAUGUCCCACUCCUAAAACUAUCCUGCAGUGACACCAGCCUUAUAGAAACAGUAAGUUUAGUGGUAGCUGCCCUAUUCACACUUCCUCCUUUUCUUCUAACCCUGACAUCUUAUGUCUUUAUUAUAGUGGCCAUCUUGCAAAUCCCUUCAGCCACUGGGAGGCAAAAGGCCUUUUCUACCUGCUCCUCUCACUUGAUUGUGGUUUCAAUUUUCUAUGGAUCUCUGAUGAUUGUGUAUAUGUUACCAAAAGCUGAAGUCAACGGAGGCAUGCAAAAAUUUUCCUCCCUGUUGUACAUUGCUUUGCCCCCUCUAGUCAACCCUUUCAUAUACAGCCUGAGAAACAAGGAGGUCAAAGUGGCCCUGAAAAAUAAUAUUGGUAGACUUGUGCUAUACAAAAGAAAUCCCAUGUCACUGGUGAAUGUAAUUAGCAUGUAA